AUCAAAGCAGACAUUGUGCUUCUUGAAUCAGAUGAUAUUGCAAAGGCAAUCUCAUUGGAGACUUCUAGACAAGCAAUAAGACAUCUGGUCAUUGGAGUUUCAGCAUCUGGAAGCAUUUUUUCAAUGUACUAAAAGGAAAAUGAGAAAGUACCUUACAUGAUUCAUUAAUGUUUUUGCAACUUAUUUCCAUGAUUAAUAUGUUCAUUAAGGAAAUCAUUUUUUGCAGGAGAAGUCUGUCACUGAUGAGGGCAGAUGACUUAUGUCAAGUUAUCUCAGAAAAUGCUCCCAGUAUUUGUUCAGUCUAUACCAUUGGUGAUGGAAAGCUGCAACAACUACGUCCUGCAAGUUCAGAGCAGAAUGUGAUAACCAUGGAUGACACAAGUCAUCUACUGAAAAACAAACCUACAUCACCAAGAUAUGGAAGCACAGCUGCAGCUUCAGACUUUUCGACCUCUACCUCCGAACCCAAACAUCCUGAGUUUUCCCUGAAACAUACUGCCCGUACUAAGACAUUAGUAAGGGAGACAUUAGAACGCAGGCAAUAUACCUUUAAGGAUUUAAACAUUAAGUUUGGCAAUGCCAGUACUCAGAGUCAAAGUUCUAGCAGUGGAGACUCUGGAUCUUGGGUUUCUGAUCGAACAUCUCCUGGAUGUUCACUAAUAGGAACCCAAACUGAUGUCCCAUCACCUAUAGGAACUCUGCAUAAUGGUGGUGCUUUCGCUGCGACUUCCACAACAGUUUGUUUUAUGAACACUCCUCCUGCAGGAACUCCACCCAUGAGUUCUUAUAUGGCCACACAUCCUGCAGGCUCCCGUGCAGGAACUCCACCAGGAGGUUCUUAUGUGGGCACUUCUGCAAGAACUCCACCACAAGGUUCUGAUGUUGGCACUCCUCCUUACUCUUACGAUAUAACGCCACCAUCAGUUUCAUUUCUAAAUAUUCCAUCAGAUUCCAAAAGAGGCUCUUCUAGUAAUCAGAUAGCUGAACUGGAAAAGCUAAGAAUUGAACUUAGGCAUAUUGAAAAGAUAUGUGAACUGACUCAUAAUAGUUUUUUUAGCUGA